CUCUCCCUGGAACAACUGCAGAGGCGAUGGUGUUCAUUCCGUGGGAGCUACUUCAGCCGUGGCUGGAGGCCAACAAGGUGCCGAUUGCGUGUGUGUGCGCUGGUAUUGUGGCUGUCAUUGUGGCCGUCGUUGUGUGGUGGCGGCGGUCGUCGGCUUCGCAGGACGUGGAGCGGCGGUUCAUGCAGCGGAUGGCGGGCGAUAUGGAGUGGUUUGAGGAGCACAUGCUCGAGUCGUUCUCCGGAUGGGUGGAUCGGUGCGGUGAGGCGUAUGUGAAGAAGCAGUUUAGCGAGACGGCGGCCGAGUGGAACGAGAUGCACGAGAUGGUGCAGUCGGAGCAGGUGUCGGGUGGGCGCGGCAACUUGCUGGAGAUGCUCAAGGGCUCGCGAGUCCCUGUCCUCACCGAGGCCAUGGUCAAGCAGUUUGAUGAGUUUGUCAAGGCCGGCACGCUCUCGUCGUCGUUCAACUUUCUGAUGAAGGCUGCCAAGAAUGUGUGGCUGGCCAAGCGCGAGGGGCCGGUGCCGGACUCGAUCGGCAAGCUGGAGGACGAGGUCAAGUUCGACUGGGCCAUGGUCUUUAUCGACGACAUCGUGCUCAAGUCGAACGGUGACAAGCUCGCCCUCUUCCCGUUCCUCGCCGAGGUCAAGAUGACUGGCCAAGAGUACCACAUGCUGGAGAUCAUUGUCUCGCACGUUGUCUCGGUCUUCCAGCGCAACUACAUCAAGACUUGGGUUGCCGACCACGCCGAGAUGCUCGACGCCAAGCCGUACCGGCUCCAUCACCCGGACGAGAUCCUGCGGCGAGUGGUGGCGAUUCUCGACGCCGAGGCCAAGAAGGCCGAGUAA